UACAAGAGAGAGCUGAACGAUACGGAACGUCGACUGAAUUUGUUAUACAAGCAAAUGCAUCGCAAUGACUUAUCAGAGAAUGUGGAGAAACUGAUGGGCUCUCUUGUUCAAGCCCUCCAGCAAGGCGAUUAUGAAGCAGCGCAUAAUCACCAAAUAAAUCUCGUAACAAGCAGUUACAGCGAAUGCGGAUCAUGGCUGGUCGGAGUCAAGCGGAUAAUUAUGUAUGCGAAAGACAGCGCCAGCAAAUAAAACGAACCCUACUUUUUUAUCCUUUUGUUUCCUUUUUCCUUUUGUGAACACUGAUUCAUUUCAUGGCCAACGUACGGUGAUGGAAUCGUUUGAAAUGCGGCGUGGAUCAAGUCAUCAAUCAGUACCGAAAACGGAGGAUCGCGGACGAAGAACUGUAGCCAGCCGUCGCAACUCGUUCAGUAGCUUUCUAACGCGGAAAUAUGCGAAACGAACGGAACGUGAAGCACAACAAGUGCAAACCAAAGAAAAAUUAUGCUUUAAAAAAGGCCAUCGACCGCGCUCAUUUUCAGAACUACCUGCUGUUCCUUCUUCGGUGGAACGGGCGCCCCCGGUAGCUGCCACCAUCAAGACCCCCAUCUAUGAAUACUACGGCUUUGUGAUGUAUCUCGCUUCUUUUGUCGUUUUGGGGAUAUAUCUAAUUUGGGCGUAUGUAUCGGACGAUAUAUUGCAUGGACUCGGCAUCACUUACUAUCCAAACCGAUAUUGGGCAUUGGCGGUGCCCAUUUGGUUGAUGACGGUUGUAUGGAUGAUUUUCUUUUCAUUUAUGGCGAUCAAUUUGAUGAAUACCGCCGCUUUUGAUUCUUACGCCUGUAUCACCGAUGAACACGCGAACGUGAUGCAGAUGCAAUGCCCUCACGCGGAACGACCGGAAGACUGGAUGCCAGAACUACAUGAUAUACCCAUUAGUCUUGUCAGCGCAUUAUUAUACGAUGAAGCGGCGGAAAAUCAAGUCCCUCAGGAACUCUCCACCUCCACAAGUGAUGAAGCAUCCGUUCCCGUGAUACGUCGACGCAAACGAUAAGAGUGUCCGACCUUGCAUCACAGCGUUUCACCGCACCAGCGUCCAUGGAAUUUUGGUUCGCGUCAUGGCCGACGGAUGAUGUUGCUGCGAUCGUUCGUUUUGUGGAUGAAUAGCUCAUGACAUUUUUUAUCAUCCUUUUAUUCUCCGAUCCCGCAAGCUAUACCAAUUGUAACCAUCAAGGAUACAA